AAUCGCUCGUAUCGUCACGAAAUCGAAACGGACACACGAUUAUUUGUCGCAGGAAAACAUAUCGGCUCUCUGUUGGAAUACAUUUUAGUAUCAAGUAAAUUAUACGAUCGCAACUCGUACCUGUGCGUCGUUUUCGAUUGAAAUCGUUUCGGCUUUCCAUUCGAUCGGUUUGUCGGUCGGUCGAGUGGCCGAAGAAUCGAGUGAUCGGGCAGGCGGGUGAACAAACGGACGGAAGUCGAUGGACCACGGAAUCGGCAACACCGAUCGAUCAUCGAUCGUAGCGUACUGACCAUCGGUGUGCUAGAACAUGUUUAUCCGUAAAUAAUUUCACCUGUUGUGGGAGACAAACUGAUACGGGAGCCCUAUUCGAAUUCCAAGUGACGCGAUUAGUCCGAAGACAGUUGAUGUGUUUCGUAGAAGGGUAACGCGCGGCGAAACAUGCGCUAACGAUCGAUUUAACGCGUUUCGGGUUGCCGACCGCGAACUAUGCAUUACGACGCGCAAGGUGCCUUGGAGAAUUCCUAUCUACGGCAACGGGAGCAAGAACACAGACAACAGCCGCAACAAGGAACAAAUCAGGAUUCGCAAACAGUGUACGCAAAGGCGCAAAGUGUCCGGGAAAGUUGUCGCGGGCCGAGUAACUCACCCCUAUCGGAGGACACGAGAUCCAUCUGCGCCGGAGCGAAAACCGAAACGCUCGGAACGUCGUCGGAAGAGGGAGAGGUACGUGUGCGGUUCGUAUCAAACGGUUCUCCGUUGCAACGUGAAACCGGAUCGCGAAUGUCGAAGUAUCGCGAAGAGCACGAUUCGAAACGAUCCUCCACGUCCUUCUGUAUCGACGCGCUUCUCGGUCGAGCGACAGAAAAGCAAGAGAAUCUCGAUCUCGAUCGAUCGGAACGUAAUCAAAGAUUGGUGCUCGCCAUGAGAAAUUCCGGACCGGAGAUGAGCCAUUGCCUGGUGAACAGCUCUGUUCGAGGGCACGACCGAGAAUCGUCUUGUACGCUGGGAAUUUCGGCGAGCACUGCAAGCACCGGAAGCACCGGAAGCACCGGAAGUACUGGCAAUGCCGCAAGUGGAAUCGCAACGCGCCUCGGAGGAUCGGAAGAGCAAAGGACAUCGUCUUUGGGAACAUUGCUGAAUCCGUUCGAUAGAUCCGUUCAACAUGGCUCGGUUUCUCCCAGAUUGGAAUUUGUUCGCGACACGAGUGACCGACAGGAUGUUCACGAACAACCUAUACGAGACAUUCGCUUGUCCAGUAUUCGCAUAGAAUCCAUGGACGCGGCAGCCGCGGAGGCUUCGAUUCAACGCGGCAAACCGGUGUUUAGAGGAGAACACGCGGCAACCGUUAACGGGGGAUUUCGCGUUGAUCGGUUGGAAAACGUCGAGGACGAUGGUUCUGUGGACGUCGACCCAACGAGGACGGGGAGCGCCAGUUCCGGAAGUAACGCCAGUCACAGUCCGAUCUCGAGUCCUCCGAUUUCUCCGGGAUCGGAAGAACCUUCCAGCAACGGAAUUUCUGCUAGUUCGAAUUUAUCGACUGGGCAUUAUGGUGCACUCGGCACCGGUACCGGACUAACUCGACAGAAUCAAGCUCUUCUCUUACACCCAAGUGGUCCGCUUAUUCACCCUGGCGGAUUGUACUAUCAUCCUGCGAGUGGCAGCGCGUUUCACUCUAUCCACAAAGAAGGUCAAACCAUCGGACACUCGCAGGCAGCUGGACCUCAUCCUCAACAGCAUCACAUUCAUCCACUUCAACUCGAGUGGUUAGCCAGGACUGGAAUGCUAUACCCCAGAUUACCAGCCGAUUUAGCCGGUUGCGCAGCCCAACACGCACUGCUCGGGAAAACUAGGAGACCAAGAACUGCGUUCACCUCGCAACAGUUGCUCGAAUUGGAAAAACAAUUUAGACAGAACAAGUAUCUGAGCAGACCGAAAAGGUUUGAAGUGGCUACCUCGCUGAUGCUCACGGAAACACAGGUGAAAAUUUGGUUCCAAAACCGACGAAUGAAGUGGAAAAGAAGUAAAAAGGCGCAGCAAGAGGCACGUACGAAUAACAAAGUCGACGACGGAGGAAAUACGAGGAACGCCGAGAGGGACACCACAGGCGAUCCUGGCACAAACUCGCCGAGUUCGCAAGAGGAUGCUAAAGGAACGUUGCAGGAAACACAAAGGAGCACGACUGAACUUCAAGAACCGCUUUAUCGGCCUUACGUAGUAUAAAAGGGCGAACAAAGUAAAACGGAAAAAUCGAACUGAACAGCAAACAGAAGUCGAGAGAACUGUUAUGCGAAACUCGACUGUCUCGUAUUUGUAAUGCGUUUGAUACGCGUUCGAUACUUAGCAAUACACUCGAUCUGUUCCUCGAAGGAACGUUUCGAGGAACGUAAGCUUGCGCGAUCCAUCGAGGAUCAAGCGAUAAACGAAGGAUAGGAAAACCGGAGAUAUGUAAGAGGCCGUGAUGAUCGAUUAGACUGACAACCUCCGACAACAAAUCGAAUUUUCAAUCGUUCGAAUGUGUAGACAUUCAUAAGUAACUACACGUAUACCGUUCCGGUUUGAUCUUGCGACACUCGUGUGUAAAUAUAGGGAACAAUCCACAAAACAAUGUAACCCAUAAUUGUACGAUCGUAUUCCGCAGAAUACGAACCAUUCCGAAAUAUUGCCGAGUAGACUGUUAUCGAGAACGAGCACGUGUAUCAUACGUUUCUACUCUGUACCGCAAGAAUAUGGUCUAUACUGGUGUACUCGUGUGUGUACCAGUACACGUAAAAUGCGACGUAUCGGUGCGACCAGUCACAACCGUGUGUAUAAAAACUACAGAAACGCGAAGAGCGCGCGCACGAAAGAUGAUCUUUCCGAUCGCAGCUUUAUUCCGAAGUUACUCUAGAUCUACCUUCGAUCGAAAACAUGUACCUAUUUAUGAUAAAUGACAUAAUUGUAAAUAUUAUUCGUGUACGAUUAAUGUAGAGAGUGCG